GACUGGAAAGUACGUGGUAGUAGCGGAACUUCAGGGUCAACAUUAUCGCAGCGAUGCAGAGCACAAAUGCCAAACCUCAGUUUGGACCGUGGCUCAUAGAGCAGGUGGAAAGUGGGCAGUACGAGGGUUUGAGCAUGAUAGGCCAUGACAUAUUUCGGAUCCCUUGGAAACACAAUGCUCGAAGAGACCUUGGUGACGCGGAUGUUAAAAUAUUCAAGGAAUGGGCUAUAGUCAGCGGCAAGAUCAACGAGUAUCCUAACGACAAAGCAAAAUGGAAGACAAACUUCCGAUGUGCACUUCACAGUCUCAAAAGCUUUGAGAUGUUAGAGGAUCACUCCAAAGAUCCAGAUGACCAACACAAAAUAUAUCGCAUCAUUCGUCCUCAAAAUCAUCAAGAGAUCAAGAGUGCGAUCCAGAGUGCAGAGGCAGUUCAACGUCAGCUACCAUUCAUUGCUGAGGUCUACAAUGCAUCAAAUCACAUGUCUCAAGACAUGGAGCUGGAAUUGCUCAACUUGGUGGAAACAAUGGAUCUUAAUCUGCAUGCAGUUUCCCAGUCACUGAAGACCUAUUCCCAACCAAACAUUCAAACAACUUCAAGCAACUACUUUGAGACCACCUAUUCAGACGAUCCAUGCAUGCAGAAUAACAUACCUGCUUCAGUCCAGCAAUCACACACUACAGUGGACCAGUGGAACCUCGACCUAGAGAUCUCAAUCAGUUACAGAAGAACAGAAGUUUUGAAAACACGUCUGUGCUCAUCAUUAAUUCACUUUUUCUAUCAAUGUGAUCCAUCUGAGCUGAGAGGGGAGCAAAUACGCUUCCCGACCACAGACUGUCUGAUUGAUGUCAAACAGAUACAGUACACUAAACGCAUUUUAGACAGUAUUCAGAGAGGUCUCCAGUUGGAAGUAAACCAGUACGGCAUCUAUGGCUUUCGUCAGGACAAGUGUAAAGUCUUUGUCAGCACCAGUGACCCAUGUGAGAUCCAGAAACCAGAGCCUAGGAAACUGCAACAGAACUCCAAGGAACAACUGCUUAGUUUUGACAAGUACAUAAGAGAUCUACUGGAUUUUAAAGAAAACAGAGGAGGGUCUCCAGAUUACACCAUCUACCUGUGCUUUGGGGAGAAGCUUCAUGAUGGAAAACCACUGGAGAAAAAACUUAUUACUGUCAAAGUUGUCCCUCUGAUUUGCCGUGAACUUCAUGAAAGAGCUCAAAUGGAGGGAGCAUCAUCUCUUCGGAAUGAUAACGUUAGCUUGCAAAUCUCCCACAAUAGCUUGUAUGACCUCAUCAAUUCUCUGGGUCUGCCUUCAGUGGAAUAAACGAUCUGUACCUUUCACAAAACCUUUUAAAAUGAAUACAGCAAUUUCAUUUUGUUACUGUUAAACUGUAUAGCACAACGGAAAUAGAGAAACAUUCAUAGGUUAUUUCCAUGGGGCAUUCUGAAGUGAUCAUUUUGUGUUGUAGAAAUUGCUGUUUCUGGCAUUUAAUCUCAAUGAAACUGUAUUUUAUCGACUUCCUUACAUUUUCUAAUGAAGGCUAGGGCCUCCUUUUUAUGUCUUCUAUUGAAGAAUCUUUCACACUUUGCCCAAAGAGCUUUGUUUUAUUUUGUCUGUUGCCUGAUUUAUAAAUAUUGUGGAGUGGUUGAUGAACACUAUAAAAAUGUUAUAUCUCUAAAUGUCAAUAAACCAAAACUAAAACAUG